AUGUCACUGGCACAAGGUCAUCUCAGCCUCACAACAACCUUGCAAGCAAUGGCGGUGCAUAGGAGUCUGUUCCUCUUGGCUAGUUUGGCACUCUUGAGUGGCUCUUGUGUUGCCAGUACCGAUGAUACGGAAUUUGUCACAGCUUUCAUGCAAAACAACCAGCAAAACCAUCCCAAUUCUAAUUUUCGGCUACAUAUCACCGGGCAUCACCCUAAAACUACUGUCGUAGUUACAGUGAACAAGUCUAUGUUCCGGAGGACCAUUCCUCUCCGUGAGGGACAGACAGUGUCGAUUAAGCUGCCAGAAACCAUAGAAAUGAUUGGGUCCAACAUCUUCGAUAGGACUGUGCUGAUCAAAGCUGACAAAAACAUUUCCGUGUCCUAUCACAACCAAAAAGACUUGUCAGCUGGUGCCACUGUAGUGUAUCCAAUCCAGCAGCUGGGCACACAGUAUUCUGUGGUAACCCCACCGGGUGACUUGCCAAACACUUUCAAAGAAUUUGCAAUUGUAGCCCACAAAGAUCCAGCCAGGGUUGAUAUUCAUCUGUCCGGGGCUGUGACAUUCAAAGGGCGGAAUUACCCUGCAGGAGAAAGACUCAUUGCUGACCUUGAACCUUUCCAAGCAAUCCAGCUGCAAAGCUCAGAUGAUUUAUCUGGCACCAAGGUUGAAGCGGACGGACCUGUGGCUGUCUUGAGUGGACACAGCUGCGCUACCACCAACGCAUCUUGCAGCCAUGUUGUUGAACAGCUCCUGCUGCCAGGCUCAUUAUCUUGUCCUGAGAAUAGUCACUACGAGGCCUGUGGAAAUGCCUGCCCAGCAACCUGCUCUGACCGGACGGCACCUUCCACAUGUGACGACACCUGUGCAGAGAUCUGCCAGUGUGACGAGGGCUACGUCCUGAGCGCUGAGAAGUGCGUCCCAGUGGAGACCUGCAACUGCACCUACGACGGCAUGACCUACAAGGCAGGCGAGGAGUUCUGGGCUGGUGAAGGCUGCCAUUCCCGCUGCAUGUGUGACCCCAGACUAGGCACUGUGUGCAAAGAUUAUUCCUGCAAGGCCAAUGAAGCAUGCAUUGUGUUCAGAGGAGUCCGGCAGUGUCGUGCUGUCAGCUACUCCACCUGCAUAGGAACUGGAGACCCUCACUAUACCUCCUUUGAUGGGAGGAAGUAUGACUUCAUGGGCACCUGUGUGUAUCAGAUGGCAGCAGUCUGCUCCGAGGACCCCACUCUCACCCCCUUUUCAGUCAACGUGGAGAACAACAACCGCGGCAGUAAAAAGGUGUCCUUCACCAAAGUGGUGACUCUGGAGGUCUACAACAUGACCAUCAGCCUGAGCCAAGAGUAUCCACAGAAGGUCCAGGUCAACGGGGUUUUUGUGGAGCUUCCAUUCUCCUAUGAAAAUAAACUGAAAGUCUACACCAGUGGAGUCCAUGGCUUCAUCAAAACAGACUUUGACCUGAGAGUCAGCUUUGAUUGGUACAGCUAUGCCAGGGUCAUUAUACCCAACACUUAUGCCAAUGCUGUCUGUGGACUUUGUGGCAAUGCCAAUCAGGAUCCCAGCGAUGACUUUGCCAUGCAGAAUGGAAUUCGGGCAAGGAGUGAGACUGAAUUUGGAGAUAGCUGGAAGGUGAAGGAGGUUCCCGAGUGCUCAGCAGGAUGCACGAGUGACUGCACUGUGUGCCCAGCAUCAGAGAAGCAAAUCUACAGGAGUGACCAGUACUGUGGGAUCCUCAUCAGAAAGGAUGGACCAUUCAGGCAGUGCCAGGAGGCCAUUGACCCAACCAGCUACUACGAUGACUGUGUCUUUGACACCUGCCAGUACAGAGGACACCACGGUACCUUGUGCAGCGCCAUUGGUGCCUAUGUGACAGCCUGCCAAGCAAAAGGCAUCCCGAUUGGGAAAUGGAGAUCAGAGUCCUUCUGCAAACUUCCCUGUCCAUAUGGCUCCCACUAUGACCUCUGCGGAACCGGCUGCCCUGCCACCUGCCAGAGCUCCCCCUCUCCAAAAAGGUGUGAGGCUCCCUGUACUGAAGGCUGCUUCUGUGACCCUGGAUUCAUCCGCAGUGGGUCCCAGUGCGUCCCUCUUGCAGAGUGUGGCUGUGAGCACCAGGGCAGGUACUACAAGAAGGGAGAGGAGUUCUUCCCCAGCAGCUCCUGCGAACAGAAGUGCCAGUGCUUGGGCAAACGCACCAUUGACUGCCAGCCCUUCUCCUGUGAAGCACAUGAAGAGUGCAGGGUGGAGAGUGGUGUCCAAGGCUGCCACCCCAAGGGAUACGGAACAGCUAUUGUCUCUGGUGACCCACAUUAUAUUUCCUUUGAUGGACAACGUUUUACCUUCCAAGGCUCCUGCACUUACACUCUAGCCAAAGUCUGCGGCAAAGAUCCUCGGUUAUUGAACUUCUCCGUGUUGGUGAAGAAUGAGAACAUCGGUGAUGGGCCUGUUUCUGUGGCCAGCAUGGUUGAGGUGUCGGUUCAUGGAUACACGGUCCUCCUUCACAGGGGACGGAAGUGGAAGGCUGUGGUGGAUGGAGAGCUCUACACUUUGCCACUGAACAGAGAGGAUGAGAAACUCUGGAUCACCCAGGAGGGGAACAAUAUCAUCCUCCAGUCAUCCUUUGGCCUCACGGUCCUUUAUGAUACUUCCUCGUACGUCCAUGUGUCUGUCCCCAGCAACUACCAGGGCCAGAUGUGUGGUCUGGGUGGCAACUUCAAUGGUGACAAGAGUGACGAUUUCAGGAUGCCCAAUGGAAACACUGCCAGAAGUGUGGAUGAGUUUGGGGCCUCUUGGAAGGUCCCUAUGGAUGGAGUCAGUUGCUCUGAUAGCUGCGGUGAGCAUUGCCCCACCUGUGAUACAGCCCAGACAGCACCCUUCCGGGCUGAGAGCCUCUGUGGAAUGAUCCAGUCCAAGACAGGCCCAUUCAGAGAAUGUCACUCAUUGGUGAACCCUGCUGAUUACUUUGAGCACUGCCUGUAUGAUAUGUGUGUGGCCAGCUCAAGAACUGAUACCCUCUGUCACAGCCUUCAAGCCUACGUAGCUGCAUGCCAAGCAGCUGGAGCCAGAAUCAAACCCUGGAGGACAAGCGACUUUUGCCCCUUUGCCUGCCCAGCAAAUAGUCACUAUGAGACAUGCACCAUGACUUGUGAAACCACUUGUGCCAGCUUGACCACUCCAGCUCAGUGCACCAAGAAAUGCUUUGAAGGUUGCCAGUGCAGUGAUGGCUAUAUGUUUGAUGGGGAUAUCUGUGUGCCGAUGGACAGAUGUGGUUGUGUGCACAAAGGAGUCUAUCUCAAGGUUGGAGAGAGCAUCUUCUUCAGCAACUGCACAGAGAAAUGCACCUGUGCAGUCUCAGGCAGACUCACCUGUGAGAAAACCAGCUGCCAGUACGGAGAGACCUGCACCCUUAGGGACGGUGUGCAUGGCUGUGUGAGGCAGGAAAGGGAGUGCAGGCUCAGCCCAGGAGCCCAGCUCACCUCCUUUGAUGGGGCUUCCGGAAAGUACUUCUGCAGCGGGAUCUACGACAUGGCCUCUGUUUGUGACGAAAGCACCCUCUUGUGGUUCAGAGUGAUGGUGGGCAUGGGAAAGGACUGUGGCGAUGGUUUGGCAGUCAAGAGGGCCGUCUACGUUUAUUUCCAGGAUGCAUCCAUCAUUGUUAACAUGAACAAAGAUGUAUGGGUAAAUGGGCGCUCAGUAUUUCUCCAGCAAUCAUACACAAAAAAUGCCAUCACUUUAAGGAAGGCUUUGGAUGGGAUCCUGAUUGACCUGGCUUCUCAGGUGCAGGUCCACCUCCAUCUCAAUGGACAGGUGACUGUGAGACUCAAGAAUAGCUUUGCAGAGCAGCUGUGUGCCCCAUGUGGAAAUGCCAACAGAGACCGCUCUGAUGACCUGAAGCUGCCGAGUGGGCAGCCCACAGAUAACUUUGAUGAGGUCCUCCAUGCUUGGAAAGCCAAAGACUUCAAUCUUUAGGAGGUUCCUCUAAGGACAACAGCUGUUCUUCCUGACAAACCAAUACAAGCACUCCAGAUUCACUCAUUCCUUCAGGCCCAUUUUUGGAAGUCUAGUGUGGCAUCAAGCUUGGACUAAGUUAACACCCAAGAAAUCUGCAUUAAUAAAGGACAUGCAUCCUCCACCAAAACGUGGUUCAUCACCAUUAUUACUGCUUCCUCAUCCCACAUUGCAGAAUCUCAGUGUACUGUGCAAUGCAUUGAUGAGGGUCUAUAACAAGGAAUGUGGGAAUUUGCUGGUUCCAGGCCUCCAUUCCCUGACACUUUAAUCCAGGCUUCCCCAAUCUGCGGCCCCCCAGAUGUUGCGGAACUACAACUCCCAGCAUCCCUAGCCACAAUUUAUUGCUUGGAGCUUCUUAUUGCUUGGAGAAAUGGGGAGCGGGCACCUAGCCAUCUAAUUAAUAUUCUGGAUUUUGUCUAAAUUUAAUAUAUUCUGCAUAUGUUCUCACUUUUGGUCAUCUCAUUCUUGUCUAUCUCUGUACUAUGAGGCAUUUCUGUGACGACUGGCUGGAUAACAAAAUAAUCAAAUUCAUUUAACAACUAAUCACUGCAACCCUAAUUAUAGAAUAAUGAUCAAAA